CUGGUGGUGGUGGGAGGGAGUUUCCCUAAAUAUUAGUCUUUCUGAUUUUACUCCUGUAAGUUGUAUUUAUAAUCAGUGUAAGAAACCAAAACAAAAGUAGAUUAAGUAGAAUGCUCUAAUUUAAAAAUCAAAACAAGAUGAAACGAACUUCUGAGAAAGCUUAUAUUAAAUAGAUAUAGUACAGUGACUUAUAUAAUAAAGAAUUAACUAUAAUCAAAUGCGAUAUAAAAGUAGCAUUACGAGAUUCACCACUUUUACCUCACAAUUGACCAAAAUACUGGGUUUCAAUUGCCAUUCACUUUUAAUAAAACAUUUUUAUUUGUUUGAAUUAUUUUCUUGUGAAGAAAAAUGAUGGUUUUAUAGUAUUCUUGCAUAUGCCCCCAUAGUUUUAAGGUGUGUACAUUACAUCAACUUUAUAUUCUUCAGUGUGUUACUCACAACCAUAUUAUGUAGUUCAAGAUUAAAUCUGUCCUUUAAUAGCACAGAAACCACCUAUAAUAAUGUUAGAAACAUCUAAGCUAAUAAACCUACAGCUUGUUCUAAACUCUUACCUAAUUGGCUACUUGAUCUUUUAUGUCAUAAUAAUACCAUGCAACAGUAAGUGAUACCUAAGGUUAUAUUGGGGAGACUGGAAUUUUUUCAAUGUAGUUUCUCUCUCUCAAAACAUCAGAAACUCAAGACAUCUUUAAGAAUUUCUUAUGAAAGCACACCGGAGGACAGUGGAUCCUGUUUUCUCCCAGGAAGACUCUCGCAGGAUCUUUUUUUCCUUCUUGUUUUAAACUGAUCAUCAACAGAUGCAGAAGCCACACCUUUUUGUUGAGUUAGUUUUUAAAUUCUUAAACAAAGAGAGACAUGAAACUCCUUGAGAUUGGCACUGGACAGAACAACACCUUGUCUUCCUGGCUUUUGAACAUCAGUUUUCUUUGGCUUUUUAGUGUGAACUGUGCCAAAGCCAAUGCAGGUUGGGCUGCUUAUAUGAAUACAUCAUUUCAUGUAGGGAAUCGCGUGUUGUCAGUUUUGGGGGAAACUGAAGUAUUUGGAAGAAGCUUCACUUUGAAGAGAGUGACAGGAGUUCUAGUGCCUCCAGAUGGAAGAACUAAAAAUGCAUGUAACCCCAAUACCACUUUCAGCAGAUCAGCAAACUCAGAGACAUGGCUUGCACUUAUUGAAUGGGGCGGUUGUAACUUCACACAGAAAAUUAGGGUGGCGACUGAGAAGGGAGCUCGUGGAGUGAUCAUCUAUAACCUUCCAGGAAGUGGCAAGCAGGUUUUCCCUAUGUCUCAUCAGCCUUUUCAAGACAUCGUUGUAGUUAUGAUCAGCAACUUAAAAGGAAUGGAAAUUUUGCGUUUAAUUCAGAAGGGAGUUCCUGUUACAGUUACAGUUGAGGUGGGGAGAAAGGAUAUCAUCUGGAUGAAUCGCUACUUUCUCUGUUUCAUGGUUUUCAGUACUGCUAUGUUAACAUAUUUUGCCUUUUAUUAUAUUCUUGCACUUUGGUUUACAAGAAAUCAGAACAGGAGAUGGCAGCAAUUAGCCACAAAUCUUAAAAUAGUUUUUGGCCAACUUCAGGUUCGGGUAUUAAAGGAAGGGGAUGAGGAACUAAAUCCAAGUGGAGACAGCUGCAUAAUUUGCUUUGAACCCUAUAAGCCUAAUGAUACAAUUCGCAUUCUGAUUUGUAAGCACAUUUUCCACAAGAAUUGUAUUGACCCUUGGAUUCUAUCCCAUGGCACAUGCCCUGUGUGCAAAUUUGACAUUUUUAAAGCUUUUGGGAUUCAAGUGAACUCUGAAUAUAAAAUAGAAUCAUUGCAAGUUCUAAUGGCGAAUGAAUUACCUGAAAUCCUGUCACCUGUGGAAGAGGCAACGAAUAAUGAAGUUACCCCUGCAAGAAUACCAGAUGCAGAAGAACACAUCACUUCUCUGGAUAGUGACCGCAAGCCCAAUUCAAUAGAGGAAAUUGCUUAUCCUUCACCUUGACAGCAUGACCUUUGAGGAAGUGGAUUAAACCUGUUUGUCAAAUCAGGUCCUAGCACUAACAAGCAGUUUGUUUGAA